UUAUGGGCUUUUAAAUUGCCGUAUUUAUUUUCCUACUGGCAAACAUAUAUUUCCUUAUUUUAUUUUUGGUUGUGGGGGGCAACUUUGGAGCAGCAGGCCAUGCUGUUCCCUUCAUCCUGUCCCCUAGUCGAAAAUGCCGCACAUGUGGAGAAAUCUUUGGCGAGUUCUGGACUCCCUCACAGAUCCACCUCAGAGAUCUGAAGAUAAUAUAGUCCUGGGUGUUCCCUCAAGCCAACUGAGUGUCCUGACCCAUCUGAGUCUGCGAAGUGAGAGGAUAAUGCCACGACGUGCCCGAUAUCUUGUGCCUUCUAUAAGUCGCCAUGUGACCUUUUCGCCCAGCACUUUGGAACAUCAAAAAAAUCGUAAAAUAGUUAUGGAGGCGGAAACAUCAGCCUUCCAGAAUUUCGUGCGUGAGAUGUACGAGGGAUAUUACCAACUUGUACUCUCGCAGGAGAGAAGAAGACUUGGCUUGCAGCCAGAAGAACAGCUGACGAAUCGAAGACUGGGCUUCAAGGACCUGGUGCGUCUUCAGCGAGUGGCCAGAGAUUUGUGGAGAAAAAUGGACAGGGAGCGAAAGCAAGGGUACAAGGAUUUGGCCAUGAUGGCACUGCAUCGUCGAUGUUUACGACUGCCCCCGGAUCCUUUUCAAAUACCCCCACAUCUCAAGAGAUCUUCGAAUAAGUUAAAGAAAACUAGAUCCGUUUUUUAUCGUAUAAUAUAGAAACGAAUAUUUUUGCAGUUACCCAUUUAGGAUUAUCAAGAAAUACAUUUCAAGUGCAACAAA